UGGCUUAAUUCUCUUUGGUCUAUUUAUUUACCAAAAAAUAUAAUGUAACACAAUGUACAAAUAAAAAUAAUAACUAUUUGUGUACUGUAGUAGAAAUGUUUUGGUAAAUUAAAAUAUUUUCUUUUCAUAAUAAACUGACCAAUUUUACGAAAAUGCCUACACAAUAUGAUGAAGAGCGAACCUGGGAAGGCCAAAAUCCAAGUCAAUAUGAUGAUGAUAAUGCAGAAGAUGUCAUCGAUAACCCUGAAGAAGUAUUACAAGAAUGUCUGGAGAAGUUUAAAACUCCAGAUUAUAUUAUGGAACCGGGCAUAUUUACUCAGUUAAAAAGGUAUUUCCAAGCUGGUGGAAAUCCAGAACAAGUAAUUGAGCAGUUGUCAAUAAACUACAGUGCUGUGGCACAAAUGGCGAAUUUGUUAGCUGAAUGGCUUAUACUUGCAGGUGUAAAGGUGACUGAGGUGCAGGCUAUGGUUGAAAAUCAUUUAAAAGACAUGAUUAUAAAGACUUUUGAUCCAAAAAAGGCUGAUACAAUAUUUACUGAAGAAGGUGAAACACCAGCAUGGCUCACUGAAAUGAUUGAACAUCCUACUUGGAGAUCAUUGAUAUAUAGGCUUGCUGAGGAUUACCCAGACUGCUUAAUGUUAAAUUUCACAAUAAAGCUGAUUUCAGAUGCAGGCUUCCAGGGUGAAAUUACUAGUAUCUCUACAGCAGCACAACAGAUAGAAGUGUUCUCAAGGGUUCUGAAAUCCUCAAUUGUUGGAUUCUUGCAAAGCUCUGAUGGCUGGCAAUCCAGUGUAAAUGAAUGUGCGAAUAUGGUAUGCCAUGGAGCACAUACAUACGUUUAUAGCCAAGUUAUUGUUUAUAUUUUAUCACAAGAGCCACGCGGUGGUGCAAUCAUGAAAAGGCUGAGUCAAGAAAUUACGAAAUGUGCGAAACAGAGUGGUCAUGACGUCACGCCCAUCACAUUAGCUCUGACGGCUGGCGAGGCUUGGCGCGGUGCACGGACCGCUCUGGCAGCCAUGCUCUCCCGCGGCGCGUUGAACCCCGCCGACAUAUCAGUCCUCUUCCGAGCCUAUACUCAACCCGAACCGCCGCCCGUUCAUCUCUUAAGAAUACCACAAUUCUUGGAACUGCUAGUAGACUCAUUAUUCAAGGCCGGAAGUAAAGUGAACCCUGAACACAAAUCAAAAUAUAUCUACCUUCUCGCUUAUGCGGCGAGUGUCUGCGAGGGAUUGACACCAGGCCGACCAGUCAAAGAUGAAUUAAAAGCAACACUGCAAGCAAUAGAAAAGAUACAUACAGUUUGCAGUAGUUCGGCGAGCUCUAGUGAACUUAUUGCUGAACUACCGGCAUUAUACCACUGCAUCAGAUUCCCUGUUGUUGGAAUGGGAGUGCUUGUAUGGGUGGAGGGUGUGGUGACAGAGCCGUCAUACUUCAAAUUGUGCACAGAACAUUGUCCAAUCCACUUAGCGCUGUUGGAUGAAGUGGCCUCGUGUCAUCCAUUACUUCACCAUCGGCUGUUGACAUUACUUGUCAAACUUUUUGAAUCCAAACAGGAAGAGUUAGAAAUAUUAGUGCAGCUUGAACUGAAAAAAAUGCUUCUCGAUCGAAUGGUAAAUCUACUCAGUCGUGGCUGUGUGGUUCCAGUUUUAAUGUAUAUCAAGAAUUGUUGGAAAAAGGAUGAUACUGAUAUCUCGCUCAUAAGAUAUUUCAUAACAGAGGUUCUAGAUGCAAUAGCACCACCUUAUACAUCAGAGUUUGUAAAAUUAGUUCUACCUUUAGUUGAAAAUGAGGAAAUCACAGGAACUAUGAGAGCUGAAGGAGAAAAUGAUCCAGUUUCAGAAUUUAUAGUGCACUGCAAGGCGCAUUACGUUGUUCCAUAAGAAUAUAAUAAAACAAGUAAAUAUUAUAAGAUUAAUUAAAUAUUUUAUUAUACUG